AUGGCGAGCUUGGCCGCGGCAACGUGUCCUCCGCUUUUCAAUCCCCAGCUGCGAUUCCCUGGAUCGGUCACGGUGCCCAACUCGGGCUAUUCUCUGCCCGCCGGUUAUUCCGUGUGCGGCCUGUUGGAUAUGCCGUCGCCGUCGCCGUCGCCGUCGCCUUCGCGAUCACCCUCGCCCUCGCCGUCGGCCGUCCCGAUCCCCCAGGCGCCCUUCGUGAAGCCCGUCUUCGACGACGUCGUUCCGCAGGUCAAGCUUUUGCCCGUUGACCAAGAAGGCGUGGUGGGCAAGCCCGACGACGGCGCUCUGUUCUCGUUCGUUUCUGUCGAAGAGGUGUCGAUCAACGGUGUCGUCGAGCGCAGCUUCUCGCUCGCGCAAGACAGCUUCGUUCCGGUGGGCGGCGGCGAUGCCAUCACAGCCGUGGGAUACAAGAGCGAGCUUUCCAACAACGUGACCGUGCGCUACAGCUUCUUCUCCUACAACCGCUCCCUCGACGUCGCCGUUGGCGACAACUUUACGUUGCCGAUGACGCCCUCAUUCCUCAAGUUCUCUCUGGUCAUCACCACUUGGCCCUGGCUCGCCCCGAACAACAGCCUGAAGGUGACGCUCAAGGUGACGCCGGCGUUCACCAGCGAGCGCACGGUGGUCAACUACCCCAAGGACGACAUGACCUCUAUUCUCCUCUCGUCGUCUGGAAGCGCAUCGUCGGUGCUGGUGCGGGUGAUCAACUUCGGCUUGGCCGGUGCCGAUGGCCGCAAGAGGGUCGGAGUGGAAACCAGCGCCAACGUCACGUCGUCGAGCCUCGUCUUUGCCGUAGACCACUUCGCUGACGACCUGGCCUACGACCCCGACCUGUCGGUGUUGGUGGGACGACGGGGAGAGGAUGGUGGAGGCGGCGGCGGAACCGACCUGGCGCUGAUCGUGGCCGUCUCGGUGGCGGUGCCCUUGGCCGUCUUGUUCGUGCUGGUGGUCAUCGUGGCCUCGCUCCUCAUCAUCCGCCACCGACAGCAAAGACGCCAAGGCUUGGUGGGCAACAACAUCAACUACGACGACAGCGGCAAUGGGUCCGACGAGUUGUGCCACGUCGGCACUCUUGGGGAACAAGACAACGGCGACAGUGUAAACUUAUACCACCGAAAUGGAAUCGACAUCAGAUGGGCGGGGUGGGCCAACGUCAACGGCGCCUGGCUCGCCCAUGCCGCCCCGACAUCAAAAUCACACAAAUCACCUGCCAAAUUUUCAAUCCACAUCUUUAUCGUCGGGUUCGACACCGGCAGCGGCAAAAGCGCAUUUUCGUCGAUUGCGAACGAGGAGCGAGACACACCGACGGGCCACGACUGGGAGCUACUGGCAGCUUGCCAGCGGGGUGUCGAGCAGACCGCCAUCAAGCAGGCCUUCUACAACACGGUGGCCAACCUGUUCCUCAUCCUCACCUUGUGGGCCUUCUUCGUGCUCUACUUCGUCUUCGAACAGUUCGUCAGGCCCCUCCUCUGGGUCGGCGUCUUCCUCCAUCCGCUCAAGCAGGAGGCUAUUCGACGCACGAGGGCUUGGCUGAGCCAGUUGAUGCGAACGGACACUCCGUUGCUGCUCGGCCUGCUCACCCUCCCCUUUAAGCUGCUCACCAUCACCGAAGAGCUCGUCAAGCAGCGGUGGGGUCGCUUUUUCCUCUUCGCCGCGGUGCUGUUCUGCCUGUUCGCCCUCGACACGGUGCAGCAGGUGGUCAUCUCCACCUUCCUCUUCCUGCGCGGCGCGCUCUAUCUCUUCGUGUGGCUCGUCGAGAUCACCGUGCGCUACUUCUUCCUCAACUACGCCUUCAUCCGCUCGUGCCUCUACCCGCUCGUCGCGGCCUACGCCCUGGUCGCCUUCCUCUGCUGGCGCUACCACUUCCCCCGACUGCUGCGCGCCGUCAACAUCGUCGUGUGGUGCCUGGGCCUGGCCGGCCUGCUGCCCUUUCUGGUCGAGUACCUGGGCAUGUGGCCCUUCCUGGUCGGCGCCGCCGCCACCUUCGUCGUGGCCGGCAUGGGCUUCGUCGACCGCGGCGGCCUCAGCUGGGAGCGAGUCGUGCGCGAGUACGAGCUCAAGACCACCAAGGCCGACGAUGACGAGCCCUCGGACGAGCCCAUCAGCGCUGACGAGCCGCCAGGAAUCGCCGGCAGUGGAGUCGAGAAUGCGAAUGCGCGGAGCGCGAGCAGUCGUGAUGACGAGGGUGUGACGGCGACCGGGGCGACGACAACGGGGGCGGCGAUGGAUGCGGAGGACGACGAUCGGGUCAGAGACGAAGUCACCUCGGCCGAGAUCUGCAUGCUCCUCCUCGUCAGUUGCCUUGCCGUCACCUUCUGGGAGUGGGUGCCAUGGCUGUUGUUCUGGGGUUGGAUCUUCUCGGUGCUCAAGUGGCUCGUGCUGCUCCUCUUCUUCGUUUACCAGUUCCUCCGGCGCGGCAGCCAACAGCACGCGCCGGCGGUCAAGACGACGAUCAAGGCGCCGCCGCCGGCACCGAUCGGUGACGACGAUAUGGCAAAGAAGGGCGACAAGAAGUUGAAGAAGAAGGUGACGCUCAAGUCGCUCGACGAAGAAGACGAAGAAGAAGAGGACCCGUUGAACAGUACGACGGUGAUCCACCCGACGGAGGACGAUACGGACGAAGACGAGGACCAGAUGACCGACGAGGCACGCGGCGCGGUCGGCGACAACGACGACGGCGUUGUCAAGGGCAACACCUCGAUGUUCGAUAUCGACGACGAGCGCGACGACGAUGAUGAAGCGGGCGACGAGAAGAAAACGGCAACGGAAAAAGUGAGGAAAGAGGAAAAGGAGAAGGAGGAGGAGGAAGAGGAGGAAAGAGACGCCCUGACCGAAGAGUGGACGCCGCACAAAGCGACGACGGUCAGGAUCAAGCGAUCGCACAGCGCUCCGCUGAGGAAGAAGACCGUCUUCUUCGGAGAUCUGGUGGCGUCGCUGCCGCAACCACCCGCCACGCCGUCGGCACCGAUGCCCGUCGUCUCGGAGGCCUCUGGCGGCGGCGGCACGCUCGAGUACUCGGUUUCGUUCGACCACCAGCCGCUGGAGCCCUACCACCCGAAGGCGCUCGACCUCACCCGCCGCUUCCCCACCCGACGGCAGGCGACCACCCGAGCAGCCAGCGAAAGAAAAGUCAACGACAUCACCGUGAAAUCUAGCGUCAAGAAGAAGGACAAUGUGGCGAAGGAGAAUGAGGCGAAGGAGACGAAGAUGGAGAAAGUGGUGAUGGAAGAGGAGCCGGAGGAGGAGAAUGGCGGGCUGGCGAGCGAGGUGAGCGAGGAGGAGACGACGGAGCUGUUGAACACGUUCGUGCCCUACCCGAUCCGCCGCACGGUCUACUUCUUCAUGCGCGGCGACAAGCGGGUGGUGGCCUGGCUGCACCAGCAGAUGAACGGCAUCAUGACCCUCAUCAUCCUCUUCCUGCUCGUCUCGCUCAUCCUCUCCCUGCCGGUCUUCUUCGUCGUCAAGUUCUCCGAGGAGACGGCCCUCUUCCGCGACUACGCCACGGAGAUGUGGCACUCCACUGGCAAGCACAAGGUGACGCAGCAGCUCAAAGACUUGCAGUCGGACGAGGUGGCCGAUGCCGUGCUGCAGUACAUCCAACAGUGGCCGGAGGAAGCCCGCAUGUGGGCCGAACGCAAACUGAAAGACAGUACAGGCUACGACAUCCCGCUGUCCGUGCUUCAGGACACGUUCAACCAGUUCUGGGCCAACUACGGGGUGUCGAAGGACGCCUCGUACCACCAGCACCACCAACUCAAGCACGCCAACGCCAACGCCACGCACGUCGCCGCCGCCACUAAUACGACCGCGCCCAACGAGCCCAACACCGGCAGCGCCGACAGCAGCAACGCCACAGCCGCCGCAGUUGUCGAAGAGGCCGGCGGCGGCGACAAGCAAUCGUUUGCCCUGGGCAACGCCACCGCACACGAGCACUUCCUACUCAAGCUGACGAAUCACUGGUGGCCCGGGUUCAGCCAGCGGCACGCGGCGGCCACUGACGGCAGCGGCGGCAAUAACGACCAUGGCUCGGGCGCUGGGGGGAGGGGCUCAGCAGAGUCGGCGGACCGGCCGACGCGGCUCGACAUCCAGGCGCUGUUCAGCCACGAGGGGUUCGUCAAUUUCUACCACGCCAACGCCAACAUCAUCUCCAGCGUGUGGAACUACCUCAAGUUCAACUUCACCCUUCUACUCGGGUGGCUUCUCAACACUCUCUGGUCGACGAGUCAGCGGGUCUUCAACUUUUUGUUUUCGGUCAUUCUCUUCUUCACUACUCUGUUCUAUCUUCUCGUGGCCUCCGACGACCGCGGCAGCUACAUCCCCUUCAAGUGGUUCCUCUUCAUCUUUCCCAAGGAGGCCAUCACGCAGGCCAUCAACGAGGUGUUCCUGUCUCUCGUCAAGAUCUCCAUCUUCCACGCGCUGUGGACCUGGCUCACGCUCACCAUCCUGGGCGUGCGCAUCGUGUACAUAUCCACCUUCCUCACACUCCUCUUCGUCAUCUUUCCCGUCAUCGGUCCGUACUGGGUGAGUCUGCCGGCGUGCCUGGAGCUGUGGCUGGUUGGCAAGCCGGUCCAUGCGGUCGUCCUCUUCUGCCUCCACAUGGCCGCCGCGUGGUACAUCGACCCCAAGAUAUACUCCGAGAUCAAGAUGGGCCACUACUACGUGACGGGCCUGGCCGUGGUGGGCGGCCUCUACUUCCUGGGCCUCGAGGGCGUCAUCAUCGGCCCUACCGUGCUGUGCGUGCUCCUCUUCCUGUACAAAAUCCUCAACAAGCGCCUCAACCCCUGA